AUGGAGAACUCUGUCAUGCAGAAAGACCCACAUGUCGUCCACUCUCCUGGCGCGGAGAGUCUAGAAGGCCAAGAACUAGUCUUAGUAAUAUUGAUGUUUCAAAUAUUUACCAGGUCAAUUGCAGAAUUUCUGUCUCGUGACUAUCCAUACGAAUUGUCACUGUAUGAUGUUCAUGUCACAGCUGGUGCUAAGCAAGCAAUAGAAGUCCUAAUUACAGCUCUUGCCGUACCUGGUGCUAAUAUUUUGCUUCCUAGACCAGGAUAUCCAACAUAUGAAGCUCUUUCCACAUUUAGCCGUCUCGAAGUGCGGUACUAUAAUCUUCUCUCUGAGCAGGAUUGGGAGGUUGACAUCGAUGGGCUUGAAGCUCUAGCCGAUGAUCGUACUGUUGCCAUGGUUUUUAUAAACCCUGGUAAUCCGUGUGGGAAUGUGUACAAGCGUGAACAUUUAAAGAAGAUUGCAGAAACUGCGAAAAGGCUUGGAAUGCUAGUAAUAUCAGAUGAAGCCUAUGGUCAUCUAGUUUUUGGUAGUAGUUCGUUUGUGGCGAUGGGAGUCUUCGGAGAAAUUGUACCUAUACUGACAAUUGGCUCCAUAUCAAAGAGAUGGAUGGUUCCUGGUUGGCGAGUUGGUUGGAUCGUGAUGUGUGAUCGCAAUGGCAUCCUUCAAAAACAUGGGGUUGUGGAGUCCAUCAAAAGCUGCCUUGAAAUCUCUGCUGAUCCUUCUACACUCACUAUGGUAUGUUAUACAAGCACUUAUUCGAAAGGUUUGAUAUAGUGUGCAACUAGUGUGGUUGCAUUUUUAUGCUGUUAAAGUUCUACUCGGAGCUGCAAACUACGGUUACAUUUUUUUUUGAUAAGUU